AUGUCAUUAAUAAAGGAAGGCUAUGCUUUUUUUACUUUAUAUUUAUCACAAAUAUUAUGGGCAUUAUAUUUAAUAUGGGCUUAUGUAUUUGAUGAUAUUUUAAAUUUACUCUGUUUUCCAUUUCCAUCAAAGUAUUGGGCAGCUAUUAUCCCAACAGCUAUUAUUUUUUCUGUUUUUUGUUUUUUUUUAUUUAUAUCUAUAUUUUCGUUAGUUAAAACAGAACCAAUUAAUUCACUAAAUUUAGUUGAAGAUGAAUAUUCUGUUUUUGAGGAUAAAGUUUCAGAAAAUUCUAUAAAUUAUAUGAAUGAUAUAAGAAUUGAACAAAUAAAUAAAUUGCUAUAUGAAACUUCUUUAUACUUUGAAUAA